AUGCCAGCUCAGGACUCAGACAAGUCUCCGGACUACAAAUCAAACCUCCUCUCGAUCCUUAUUUCCAGCAAAGUCCUUUCGUUCGGCUCCUACGUUCUCAAAUCAGGCCGAAAUUCACCUUACUUCUUCACGACGACCCUCCUCCACACUGCACCGUUACUGCACGCAACAGCUUCCGCCUGUGCUACAGUGUUAUCUAGCCCUCCAUUCGUCAAAAGCCAGGAAGGGAAAGCCGUCACUCCCAACUUUGAUAUAAUUUUUGGGCCUGCGUACAAGGGCAUACCACUCUGCACGGCAGUUCUGAAUGAGCUUGGUGUUCGAGAUACAUGGGGUGUAUGGGGUAAUGUCAGCUACUCUUUCAACCGGAAGGAGGCUAAGAGCCAUGGGGAGGGAGGGAACAUUGUCGGUGCCCCUCUCAAGGGCAAGAGGAUAGUCAUUAUUGACGACGUCAUCACGGCGGGAACUGCCUUGAGAGAGGCUGUUGGUAUAAUUGAGAAAGAGGGAGGCAUCGUGGUUGGUGUAUUGGUCUUGCUGGAUAGACAGGAGAGAGUUAACGAUACAGAGACCAAGAGUGCAGUCGGGGCUGCGCAGAGAGACUUGGGUGAAUCAAUUCCCGUGCGGGCGGUACUCAACUUGAAUGAUAUUAUCGAAAAGCUGGGGGACGACAUUGGCAAGGAGAAUCUGGAGAAGCUCCUUGAAUAUAGGGCUAAGUAUGGUGCUAAGGAGUAG